GCCUAACUGGCUUUGCAGAUGAUGUCUAAUUCGGAGUUAUUGAAGAUGGCCUCUGAAGGCAUGAAGAACUUGAGGCCUGAAGACCUGAAGAAUGCAGCAGAACAGUUGAAGCAUACCCGUCCAGAGGAGAUGGCUGAGAUUGGAGAGAAGAUGGCUAACUCAACGCCUGAAGAGAUAGCAGCUAUGUGUACACGUCUUGAUGCCCAGAUCACUUAUGAAUUGAAUGGAGCUCAGAUGCUGAAGAAACAGGGAAAUGAGCUUCAUAGCCAGGGAAAGUACAAUGAUGCCUUGCAGAAGUACUGUCUUGCAAAAAAGAACCUAAAAGGCAUUCCAUCAUCGAAAGGUCAAGCACUACAGUUGGCAUGCUCACUAAACUUGAUGUCAUGUUACUUGAAAACAAAGCAGUUUGAUGAAUGCAUAAAAGAAGGUUCUGAGGUAUUGAGUUGUCUUCCUUUUGCUUUCUAUUAUACUAUAUAUCAGUCAACUGAUGCUGUCUCUGAUCUUAUCAAGGCUCAUGAAGUUUCUCCUGAUGAUGAAACAAUUGUAGAGGUCUUGAAGAGAUAA